GGUGGAGGAGGUUCCCUGUGUGUACGUGAGACCCGUAUCAGGUCACGUUUCCUGUUAAUAGCUUUUAUUUUCUUUGUUAAAGUAGAUUUAUUCUUUACCGCGGACUUUCUGUUGGGCAGUUUUCGGCACCUCGUGUUUCCGCUACGCUACACGGACCUUUAGCGGCAGAUGACAGCGGCAGGCGGGGUGUUGGUAGCUGUUGGGUGAUAAGAGAUAAACUGGGUUAAAAGCGGCUGUCAGGCGCAGAUAAAACCGACAGCAACGGUCCGAUGUAGUGGCUACAAGCUGCAGCGGGAGGACGCGGUGUGUUGACAGAGGUCCAAAAAUGUUUCUCCUGGUGGACUUACUGAACCAAAAACACAUCGACACCAUUAGUCACUGAGUUUGGAGAAAGAAAAAAUACUGAGAUUUUUUUUUUUUGGUCAAAAUCAUCGUUAUUUCUUUAUUUAUUUGGUAAAUAGCUGUAAAAUAGGACGAUGUGUAUUUUAAUUCGCAUGUCAGGUUGCACACGCAGAGUGCAUCCAUCCAGACUGAAGCUGAUGCAACCCAGGUUGUUAUGGCUGGAGCACCGUCCGACUCUCUCAGCUGCCCUCCGGAGGAAAGGGCAGUCCACCGGGCUCAAGUCCUCACUCCAUCCGACCCCGGCCUUCCCUCCCCGGGCAGCCAGCGUCUACACGACGGUCCCGCCGCGCGGCCCCCUCAGAAGUGUCCCUGUACUCUGUUCAAGCGCUCGGGGACUCACUCUCACACCUGUUGCCUUUGCAAGCUCCUCAGCAUCCUCUACACCCACACCUGCCGAGUCAGUGAAGACCGAUACUCCCACUGUGGUCCCCCUGAGGGAUAUUAAAAGGAUUAUGAGACUGGCUUACCCGGAGAGAUGGAGACUGGCAGCUGGUGUAGGCUUCCUGACUGUCUCCAGUGCAGUAACAAUGUCAGCUCCCUUCUUCCUGGGCAGAGUGAUUGACACCAUUUACACCAGUGCGGCAGACACAGAGUCAAUGACGGCUUCGCUCACGUCGCUGUGUAUCAUGCUGGCCGGAGUGUUUCUGUGUGGUGGAGCGUGCAAUGCUGCCAGAGUCUACCUCAUGGAGUCCUCAGGUGAACAGAUUAUUCGUAAUCUCCGUGCCUCCCUCUUCUCCUCCAUUCUCAGACAGGAAGUGGCAUUCUUUGACAGGAAUAAGACCGGCGAGCUUAUCAACCGACUCUCCUCUGAUACGUCCGUGGUGGGCAGCUCGAUCACAGACAACCUGUCAGACGGGCUGAGAGCUGUCGCCCAGGCAGCUGCUGGUGUCAGCAUGAUGUUCUACAUCUCUCCCAGUCUUGCAAGCUUUGUGUUACUGCUUGUUCCUCCUAUGGCCGGUCUCGCUAUCAUCUAUGGCAGAUUCCUUCGCUCAAUCUCCAAGCGCACACAGGAUGCGCUCGCACAAGCCACACAGUUGGCAGAGGAGCGAAUCAGCAACAUGCGGACAGUCAGAGCUUUCGGUAAGGAGCUGUCAGAAGUCGACACGUACACACAGAAGACUGACUAUGUCCUCAACCUAGCUAGGAAGGAGGCCAUGAUGCGGGCUGGCUUCUUCGGAAUGACUGGUCUCAGUGGAAACAUGAUGAUCCUGUCAGUGCUCUUCAAAGGAGGCCUUCUGACAGCCAGUCAGCACAUGACUGUGGGCGAGCUCUCAUCAUUCCUCAUGUACACCUUUUGGGUGGGCAUCAGUAUUGCAGGCUUGAGUUCGUUCUACUCUGUGCUGAUGAAGGGUUUUGGUGCAGGAGCCAGGCUCUGGGAGCUGCUGGACAGAAAGCCUGAGUUUCCUCUAAAUGAAGGCCGAGUCCUCCCCGCAGACCAGCUGAAAGGCCAGCUCGAAUUCUGUGAUAUCUCUUUUGCCUACCCGACACGUAAAGAGACCCCCAUCUUCCAGAAUCUGAAUCUCUCGGUGCCAGCUGGUAACAUCAUGGCUGUGGUGGGGUCCAGUGGAUCGGGGAAAUCAUCCAUGGUUUCACUUCUGCUUAGGCUGUACGACCCCGAUGCUGGUAAGAUCACCAUAGAUGGUCACGACAUCAGGGAUUUAAAUCCCUUCUGGCUCAGAGGUCAUAUUGGAACUGUUAGCCAGGAGCCGGUACUCUUUUCUUGCUCUAUCAGAGAGAAUAUAGCAUAUGGAGCGCUGAAUCCAGAUGCAGUGACCACAGAGGACAUCUACAGAGCAGCCAAAGUGGCCAACGCCUAUGACUUCAUCCAGACAUUUCCCAAAGGCUUUGACACUGUGGUGGGGGAGAAAGGUGUGCUCCUGUCAGGUGGUCAGAAGCAGAGGAUAGCCAUAGCCAGAGCUCUGCUCAAGAAUCCGAAGAUCCUGCUUUUGGAUGAGGCUACCAGUGCGCUGGAUGCUGAGAAUGAGUUUCUUGUUCAAGAGGCUUUGGAGCGUCUGAUGGAAGGGAGGACGGUCGUGAUCAUCGCUCACCGUCUCUCCACGAUAAAGAAUGCAGACACUGUUGCUGUACUGGACCAGCGGUGUAUAGCUGAGUGUGGCCACCCCACAGAGCUGCUAGGAAACAAGGAAGGACUGUUCAGGAAGCUGAUGGAGAAGCAGGCGUUUCUACAGGAAGAGCAGCAGAGAGCACUUAUCUGACAGGACAGGGCGCAUGGAUAACUGAAGGACAGAGAAAUCAGGAGGUGAGGUCAGUGGCUGGGAUAAUAAGCUUUGAACUCUAGUGAGGGGAAGCCACUGAAAAAUAGAAAAAGGGUUUUCUUUGAGACUUCCCCUUUCUGCCUCAUUGCUGGAAAGACUGCCGUAUGUAGCAUCACACAAAAAGUUGAUGACUAAAAUGUGGAUCAGUGAAUACUCCCUAAAAAUGUCUAUUUUUGUUUUUUACCCCGAAAAAGAAAGUGAGAUUAAGAGAAAGGCACUCCUCACACAUGAUUCACAGCCAGCUGUUAGAGUUAGAACUAGAGUUUGAGGGAAAGCCCAAAUCCUGUUUGACAUCAUCCAGAUGUUUAAGAGAAAUGGGCAGAUAUUAAAUGUGACACUGAGUCUGAUCCUCUUUGUCUCUCUGCUGUGGCAUAUGGCCUUUUGGAUUUUCAUAAUGACACCAAAACAACUCAGUUUGAUUUAUACAGCACUGCUGAAUGUAUAUUUGUUUUGUGUCUCUGUAACAGUUUUUUUUUUAAAUUUUUUUAUAAAGACUUGAAGCCUUUUACUGUCAUAUUAGACACUAAAAUUAAUGAAACAAUUGAGCAGCUACAGAUGUAUGUAUGUGGUGUUUACACUGUGUUGUAAAUCAGUCCCGAACACUGUUUUAAUACAUUUUGUUUAAUGUAUACACAUUUGUCAUGAGAAAUAUACAUUUUGGCCUAAGGUAACAGCUAAGGUGCUACAUAUCUUAAAAUAUUUCUCUUAGCAAGAGUCUCUCUGAAUCAUAUUUAUGGUUGGAUCGGCUCUUUGAUACAUUUACGUUCAGUCACACUUUUGCGCUUUGUGUUCAGGAUUGAACUGACAGCCUCGAAACUGUUAAACUUUACUGUGUUUGCAUGCCAAACAUAAUAAAAUGAGCACAGUUGGAGGAUGGAGCUGACUGAGGCUGCUAAACAGACUCUUUUAUGUCUGGAGAUCUGCUGCUCUCAAGGAGGAAAAACACUGGAGUCAAGUCAUUAGAGUCAGAGAGGGUCCGUGUGUCAUUAAAACAGUUAUCUCACUGUCUAAAAUCCACAGUUUCAUCAUCUUAUAUCCUCUUCAGAGAGUUACCCACUGCAGAUAAGAAUAUAAUCUUUCAGUACAAUUUGGAAAAGCAGAAAACAAUGUUAGACCUUAAACAUGUGAGUGUGAAACACGAGAUGAGUGCAUACUGCAUAAAAUAUGUGGCACAAUCAUCUCUUCCAUGCUCUGUGCACUGCCUGGUGAUUACAGGAUGUGCACUUGACUGGCCUUAAAUUCUAUAUAAACAAGCACCUACAUGCAGCCACAGUGCUAAAUAUUAUAAGUGGCAUAGAGAGGCUGACUAAGUAAUGACUCCUGAGUAAACAUUUGGCUCCUAGAUGCCCUCUUUGCUGCUCAGUGAGGGUCUGUUUGAGAGGAUUUUCCUUAAUUUUGAACCCAGACAUUUAAAUGUCUUGAGCUCAAACUCUCUGCUGCUCUAUCGGAAGCGGCUCCUUUUUAUUUGUAGCUGUAUGUAUAUUCCCGGUUUGCUUUUGUAAUGAGGCAGAUCUAUACCACCGUGUAGCUGGGAACAUUUGUCACAAUUUGUCACUGAUUUUUAUGCCAGCUCACGUGCACAGACGAGUCAGCAAUAAGGACUGAACUCCUUUAUAUUGGGCAAAAAUGAAGGCUUCAGAUUCUAAUUACAAUAUUGUAACUUACACACAGGUAUUUAUUAAUAUUACAUAUUAAUUAUGAACUAAUUAGUAAUCCUUUGAAACUGUGUAUGACUAAUGGCACAAAUACUGCAACAGUCAUUUUUUUAUUUUUUUAUUUUAAAUAGUUCUUUGAUAGCUCACAUGAGAAGGGUGCAAACAGGUUAGCUCACAACUUGAAGGCAGUGAUGUGGCUCAUUAGUGAGAUUGAUGUGGACACUAUUUUUUGGGGGGGGUGUUAAUCCAGCAUUGAUCUGCAGUUUCUUAUUUUUUGUGUCAGUUUAGAGAGGUUAUUCAUUACAGCGUGUACACUGUGCGUCAGCAUGAUUUUAUCUGUGUUCUUAAUGUUAAACUUAUUCAUCACAAGAUGGUUCAUUGGGGACACUUUUUUUUGGUUUUUAUUUGAUUUCACUUUAGAAGAAAGGAAUUUUUACUUGAACUGCAGUCGAGUUUUGUGUUAUUGCGACAUAUUAGUUCACAUUUAAGAGCUUGAAAAGAUGCCUUGAACGUCUGUGAACGUGUUUUUGCCAAACUGGAGAAGUUUGAAAAUUAAAUUUGCUCAUUGCUUCAUGCCAAAUUGAAGGAAAUGCUGAAGUUUGCCAGUCGAUAGUAGAUCCAUGUGCUGCAAACAUCUUUUUCUAACUUGUAUAUAAAGAGACCUAAAGAUGACCAAUAUGAUGUAUGAUGGAUUUCUAAUGAUUUUUGUGGUCAAUAUAUUAUCAUACUUGUAUGUAAAGAUAAAUAAAGUGAAAUAUUAAGU